GGCGGCCAUGGCGACGGGCGGCGGCGGAGCCGGGCCGGGUCCCGGUCCGGGUCCCGGUCCCGGUCCGGGUCCUGCUGCGAGCGGAGCCGGCGGCCGGCGGGGCCCGGGGCUGAUUUGGGCUGAAAAGAAGAGGCUGAACAAGGGGGCAGAUGUGGUGGAGAAAAGGGGUCCAUACAUCAUGAGCAAACCUCCCUCCAUUCAGGCCAAGCUGAAGAGGCAGCGGGAGCUGGCAAAGGCAGCGCUGCGAAGGCAGGGGCUGCUGGGGGCACCCACUGCCCUGAAACCAACUCCUAAAAGGUCUGUGAAGUUCAACAAGGGCUACACAGCGCUCAGCCAGACAGCUGAUGAAAACCUGGUCUCCCUCGACUCAGACAGUGACGGGGAGCCAGGAUCCAGGUGUUCCUCGGGAUACUCCUCCGCUGAGCAGGUGACCCAGGACCUGAGCCGGCAGCUGCUGCAGGACGGGUACCACCUCGACGAGGUCCCCGAUGACGAAGACCUGGAUCUCAUCCCCCCAAAACCUGCUGCCUCCUCUUCUUGCCCCUGUUGUUUCGGAGAAAAUCUCUCCUGUGUGAUCCAGUAGCUGCACAAGAACGGGUCAAAAUCCAGCACUUUUGUCCCGUGGGAUGGCCGGUGGGUGUCCGGGUCCCGCGCCGGGACGGUGACACAAGGACUGAACGAUGCUGCUCACGGCAGAGACCAAGUGACUCCAAAAGACUUCUCCUUACACUCAGCAAUAUCAGGGGGAAGUGGCACAGUGACAUUUUGGUGACCUGGAUGGGACCUGGCACUUGGCUGAGGUGGGAAGGGAGGACAGGCAGGGCCUGGCACCUCCACAGUGGUAUAAAGGGAAGGAUUUGGGAGUCUCUGGGGUUGGAGCUAAUGGCUUAUUCCCAUUCUCCUCAACGCUGCUUUGAUGCAGGUGAGGCACAGCCCAGGCCCCCCAUCCCAGCUCUGCACAGGGCUUGGAUUUGGGGGGCUGGAGAGCCUCCCUGCUGCAAACCAUAAACGCUGCCUUAAACCAUGGUCCUGCUCUAUGACAUAGAGGACAAUCAGCUUCUUAUACAGAAACCUUAUUUAAAUAUUUCAUGUCAAGAGACAUGAACUGGUUGGGGGGGGGGGGGGCAUGUUUGUUUGUUUGUUUGUUUUUUACUUGUAAAA